CAGGCUCUGCGGAGUGGGCCCCGGCGCUAGGACUGUCCCGGAUCAGCGCCGCCUCCUCGGCUCGGUGUGGCCCGGGCAGCGCGGGACCAUGAGCAGGGAUUUAGGAGAUUAUGGCAUCUGAAGCCCACAAUGUUAGAAAAUGGAACCUGUUGCAUACCAAGGGUCGUCACAUUGAUCUCAGAAAAAGGAUCUCUCAUUCCACUAAUAAGAACAUGAAGGAGGGUAAGAAAUCUCCAAAACAGUUGGCUUCUUACACAAACAGAACCACAGUUGGACAAACUGUGACCAGCUCCCCUUUUCUUUUCAAAGUAGUAUAUUGUAAAAAAAAAGUUCACUGUUAUACUCCAAAACAUUGUUACAGAAAAAAACAGUUCCCUAAAGUCAGGGGCCGUGACAUGGCAAAUAAGGAAAAUGAACUGGCUUGUGCAGGUAAUCUGCCGGCAAAACUACACGACAGUCAUACGCUUUUAUUAAAUACCAGUGAUUCUGGCUCCUCUCAAACACAAGGUCCCUCAUCAAAAUACAGUGGAUUUUUUUCAGAGGUUUCUCAGGACCAUGAUACUAUGGCACAAGUUCUUUUUAGUAGAAAUCUGAGACUGAAUGUAGCUUUAACCUUCUGGAGAAGAAGAAGUAUAAGUGAACUCAUAGCCUAUUUAGUGAGGAUACAGGAUCUUGGCGUAGUAGUAGAUUGCCUUCCUGUACUUACCAGCAGUUUACAGGAAGAAAAACCAUAUAUUUCAGUUGGCUGCUGUGUAGAUCUAUUUCCUUUAGUAAAAUCACUGCUUAAAAGCAAAUAUGAAGAAUACGUGAUAGUUGGUCUAAACUGGCUCCUAGCUGUCAUUAAGAGAUGGUGGUCAGAACUGUCUGCACACAUGGAAAAAGUAAAAGAUGGAAAUAUUCAGAUUUUAAAACAACAAUUAAGUGGAUUGUGGGAACAAGAAAAUCAUCUAACUCUGGUUCCAGGAUAUACUGGUAAUAUAGCUAAGGAUGUAGGUGCUUAUUUAUUACAGCUACACUGAGAUGCUUGGAGAACUGAGGAGUGCAUAUUUGGCUAAAUAAUCCUUUUAAAUAUCCAUGGAUUUAUACUCUAUUUCCAAAAUAUCUCUUCUAAAAACUGUUGGCAGAAGAGGAAUGGACUUUCAAAAACUGUUUAAUGAAACCACUAACAAAAUCCUAACAAUCUACUUCACAUUGAAGUGGAAAAAUGCCUGAUAGGAGCAGCUUUUACUUCAGUGAGGUGAAAGUGUACUAUGAAAACUAUAUGCCUUUGCUGUAUUUGGGAUUUGUUCAGUUACUUGGUAAAGUCAUUUUAAGUGCUGCUGUGUUUCACUGCGAUAUUGCAUAAAGGAAUAUAAAUUCUGCCAUCGUGAAGACAAAACUGCAGAACCAGUUAUAAGGAACCAAUAAGACCAAUCGCCGCCAUAAGAGGGUUUUAAACUGUUUCACAAGAAAAGUUUAAAUGUGCAGCUAUUUUCCAGUUAUGUUGAAAAAACUUUGAAAUGUUUUAGUAUCUUGUUUUAAUCAAAUUAUUAAAGAUGGUUUUGUUUGCACUAUUGAGAAACUGUAUACAGCAAGAUGCCUUAAUUACUAAUGUUUGAAAAAGCCAAUUUAUUAAGAUACAAAAUAUAUCUAUUAGAAUCAACAAAUCAAGACAUUAAAAACUGCUAUAAAAAUCAGGGGUUCA